GGUCGACCUGCCCUUAAAUACUGCAGCAACAAACCCUGGAGUCUAUAUUGAUUCUUUCUCUGGAAGAAGCAUAAGAAGAAGAGUACUGUAAACAUGUCUGGAAGAGGCAAGACCGGAGGAAAAGCCCGCGCUAAGGCCAAGACUCGCAGUUCCCGCGCUGGUCUCCAGUUCCCCGUCGGACGUGUGCAUCGUCUGCUGCGGAAAGGAAACUACGCUGAGAGAGUUGGUGCUGGAGCUCCUGUUUACCUGGCCGCCGUGCUUGAGUAUCUGACCGCUGAGAUCCUGGAGUUGGCGGGUAACGCAGCCCGGGACAACAAGAAGACUCGUAUCAUUCCUCGGCAUCUUCAGCUCGCUGUCCGCAACGACGAGGAGCUGAACAAGCUGCUCGGCGGAGUGACCAUCGCUCAGGGCGGUGUGCUGCCCAACAUCCAGGCCGUGCUCCUGCCCAAGAAGACCGGCCAGGCCGCACCGAGUUCUGGCAAGGCGGGAAAGAAAAGCUCUUCUCAGUCCCAAGAAUACUAAAUGACUUGAACUCGUGCUGAUCAACAGAAAAACACAAAGGCCCUUUUAAGGGCCGCCCAGCUUACAUAAAAAGAGCAAUUUCCAUUGUUCAUAUUGUGUUUUCAUGUGUAUGUAUUAAUGUGCUUUUUCUACGACUCUGAAUAAAUGUUUUUCGCUAACUUAA